AUGGGACAAGCAACGCCGCCGACAACACGAUCGUGGGUGUUCAAGGAGUCGGACGUCCGCAGCCUGCGUGAAUCCAUCCCUGGCAAAGUGUUUGUGAGUUGCCACGACAGCAAGUCUAAAGUGGCGGCCGCCGGCACGACAGUCGUCCACGCGUCCGGCUCAGCGGCAGACCUUGAUGCGAUCCAAGCCCGUGUGCACUUGCAUCGAAUGGGUGGACGGGUGCUUGAUCUGAGCGUCGAUCCUGCCACUGAUAUAGAGGGACGGAUUCUCAUGGAAGUCUUUCUUGAUGAGACGCACCCGCUCACGUCCGUCGAGUCCAUCGGAAGCAGUCGCGUGGUGCUGGAAGACAGGACGUUGGCUCACUCUUCCGUGUCCAUUCAAAAGACGGGAACUGGUAGCGUGUACGUCAACUAUCUCAAGGACUUUAACGUCCAAGAGCUGUAUGUCACGCUAACCGGGUCUGGGACCAUUGCGUGCAUCGUCCCCCAGCUCUCGGUCUCCAAGACGCUCGUGGCGACUGUUCAAGGGAGCGGCGGCAUUCGAUUCCACGGAAACCACAUUUCUUCCGCUUCGAUCUCGUGCACAACGACGGGAUCCGGUUCGACACUAUUCGAUGUCGCAAACCUCGUUUCGUACGACGUCGUGUCGACCGUGGUGGGGUCGGGAACACUCCGAUAUGCCCAUGCUGGGUCGGUGGACCAGCACCAACUGACGUUGUAUGGGUCCGGAAAGAUCGUGACAAGUGCGCUGUUGGCGAAUCACGCGGCAGUGUCCGUCGUGGGGACGGGCACCAUCGUCACACAAGCCAUGGAAGCGUUGCACGGGUCCAUCUCGGGCUCGGGGUGUGUCGAGUACGUGAAGCCAUGCCCAAAGGACAUGCAGGUCACGACCACCCCAGCGCGCAAUUGUACCACGCAUGUCAAGCUAACUGAGCGGAAAGCAGUCAAGAUCAUGGAUCCGCCACCAAUUCCGACGCGCACGGUCGAAGACGACUCGUUUUCGUUCAGCGGGUCGUUCUUCGGUGGCCGCCUCCAAGUGAACUUUAAUCCGAAUUAACCGGGAAGCAAAGCAUUCCCUGAGGGACUCUGACCCGACAGACGCACAUUGGCAAUGCAAUCCGCAUCAGCGAAUACCUUGGGGACACUACAUCGUCCAUCAUGGCAUGUAGCUGAUGCCGAAGCUCACCGACAUGAUCAACUAAGAGGCGGCAAGACGUCCGUCGGGAAGCAGAGGCACGUGUUGUCUGUACAAAUGCACGGGAAUGCUGUUUCUCGAGGAUUCCGCCACUUCGCCGGUGAGGCGGCGUCGGGCCACUACCCCUCGUGAUCGCAAAGUCGUCUGUGUGUGGCGAAUUAUAUCCCUUGCGUCCGUUGGCAUCCUUGCUGCAUGGACCUCAUGCCUCGAUGGACGUGGACGGUGCGGCGCCCGCUGCGACGAGUUGUGGUCGCAAAACAUGGCUUGACCAGUGCGACAUAAAGUUGUAUGGAUAAUUAAUUGGGUUUUUGCUUUGAGA